CGUGAAGUGUUUGAGUUGCAAACGGUGCAGCGGGGUAGGGAGCGUGGGAUUGGUUUGCUGAUUCCCCCCUAGCCACUGGAUCUUACACUCUUUUAUGUAUCUACAUCCCCAGCUUAAAUCCACUAACAGACCAUGUGCUCUCUAUGACGGAUGUUCAAUUGCUAAGCUAACUCUGCAUGUCAGCAGACUCUCCUUGGUAGAGCCAGGGGUUGUCGGAAACUCCAACCUAGCCCUUUUAUUUUUUCCUGUGUGUGUGUUCCUCUAGAACUUUCAAAACUGUUUCUCCAAAGGGUUUUGCAGAAACUCAGACUGUUUUCUAAAGCAGAAGCACCUCAGUCCACAGCAGUAGUGAUGGGCAGCGUGCGAACCAACCGCUAUAGCAUCGUUUCCUCAGAAGAGGAUGGCAUGAAGCUGGCAACCAUGGCAGUUGCCAAUGGCUUCGGGAACGGGAAGAGCAAGGUACACACUAGGCAGCAGUGCAGGAGCCGCUUCGUCAAGAAAGAUGGACACUGCAAUGUCCAAUUCAUUAAUGUGGGUGAGAAAGGACAACGUUACCUGGCAGACAUCUUUACCACCUGCGUGGAUAUUCGCUGGAGGUGGAUGCUAGUUAUCUUCUGCCUGGCUUUCAUUCUUUCAUGGCUUUUUUUUGGCUGUGUGUUUUGGCUGAUUGCUCUGUUGCAUGGGGAUCUGGAGGAGCCAGCAAACUACAAACCUUGUGUCUCCAAUGUGAACAGCUUCACUGCAGCCUUCCUCUUCUCCAUCGAAACCCAGACAACAAUUGGGUAUGGUUUUAGGUGUGUCACGGACGAGUGCCCCAUCGCAGUAUUCAUGGUGGUUUUCCAGUCUAUCGUAGGCUGCAUCAUUGAUGCCUUCAUCAUUGGGGCUGUCAUGGCAAAGAUGGCUAAACCAAAAAAGAGAAACGAAACUCUAGUCUUCAGCCACAAUGCUGUUGUGGGCCUGAGGGAUGGGAAGCUGUGCUUAAUGUGGCGCGUUGGAAACCUACGGAAAAGCCAUUUGGUUGAGGCACAUGUGAGAGCCCAGCUCCUUAAAUCCAGGGUCACCUCCGAAGGAGAAUACAUCCCUUUGGACCAAAUAGACAUCAACGUUGGGUUUGACAGUGGGAUAGACCGCAUAUUCCUGGUGUCCCCAAUUACAAUAGUCCAUGAAAUAGAUGAACAAAGUCCCUUGUAUGACUACAGUAAGCAAGACAUGGACAAUGCAGACUUUGAAAUUGUAGUAAUAUUAGAGGGCAUGGUGGAAGCUACCGCCAUGACUACCCAGUGCCGUAGUUCAUAUCUGGCAAAUGAAAUCCUCUGGGGCCACCGUUAUGAGCCUGUGCUCUUCGAAGAGAAAAACUACUAUAAAGUGGACUACUCUAGGUUCCACAAAACGUACGAAGUGCCCAACACGCCACUUUGUAGUGCCAGAGACUUAGCAGAAAAGAAAUACAUUCUCUCGAAUGCAAAUUCCUUUUGCUACGAGAAUGAAGUGGCCCUCACCAGCAAAGAAGAGGACGAGAGUGACAAUGGGGUGCCUGAAAGCAUGAGCACGGACACCCUCCCAGACAUGGACCAUCAUAACCAAGCUGGGGUGCCACUAGAACCUAGGCCAUUAAGGCGGGAAUCAGAAAUAUGACUGACUGACUUUUUCUCUGUUAUCUUUUGGUUUAAAAGAAAAAUAUGUCGGUCAAAGGCACAAUGAGCUGAGAGUUGGCCCAAAGCAGUUUUCAGAUGAUGGUACUGUUGAAGAAAGGCGUGAAGACAAGUGGUCCUGAGGAAUCUAAGCCAGUUUUAGGGCUGUCUUUACAGGAGAGAGAGCUGAAAAUGAACUCUAAACACGAAGCACUAAACAAUGUCUAAGCAUGAUCAGAAGGCACAUAUAUAUUGUAGAAUAAAUUAUGUAUAUAUUUUUUUACAAAACUUGAACUUGCAGGCGAGCUUUGGUUGGGUUAUUUUUUUUUUUUCAACUUUUUCCAGAAUGCUUCUCUCUAGGGAACAAGAAUGUUUUUAAUGGCAUAACAAAGGCAUGAAUCUGCCUUAUUAUUAUUAUUAUUGUUGUUAUUAUUAUUAUUUUAAGAAAGCUGCUGCUAACUACAUUGACACAAAUUGUAAUUUUUUUGUGGCCAUGUAGUUUUUUCUUUUUCUUUUGUGUAAUUUUUUUUUUAAAAAAUGUCAGCAUUGAACUUUGUGGGUUGAAAAGCUCGUGAUCACACUUCAAAGAGGCCAAUACGGCCGUAUAGUCUGAACUUCUUUUGAGGCCAGUAGUUUGAUAGCUAGAAUCAAUUUCUUUCUCUUUUCAGUUACAUAAGGGGCAUUAUGUAACAUCAGGCCAAUUGGUAGCCUCCAGGAAAAAAAAAAUUCCAGGAGCGGGGAUGGGAGGGGGCUGAUAGAGAAUUAAACUCUAUCUAAAAAUUAAGUUAAAACUACCUAAAUGGAUACCAAAGAAAAUGCACAGUUUUGCACAGUGGAGUUUAUUUAAAUGAAACAGGCUGCUUUAAACAAACAAAAUUUGAACCUCAGACUUCUUUUUAAAGGGCCUCAUUUCGCACCUUAUUCAGAAAAUAGAGUGUAAGACUCAGAUCUAAGUAAGCAAGACAUUUUCCCCCCUCUAUGGGAAAACGAGCUCCCUCUCUUUCUUUUUAUAAGAA